CAGCCACCCACCAUUUGACUCUUGCCACCAUCGUCUCCAGCUUUGACUAUGGAGCUUCACCGUUACACCAUUUUCAUCCCAUUUCUCCUUCACUUCCUUCACCCAUUUCCUCAUCUCUCUCUCUCUCUCUCUCUCUCUCUUCCAUUUUCCUUUAUCCUUUCUCCCAAUAUCCCAAUCCUUCGAUCCCAAAUCCUCAAAAUCCAAAUGGGUUUUCAAAACUUCUUCUCAAUCCUUCUUCCCAUCUCCCUUUUCCUCCAAUUCCAUCUCUCCCAUUCCCAAAACCCCUUAAUAUGCCAUUCUAAUGACUCCAAGGCCUUCCAGGAUUUCCACCGUAGUAUUAGUUCUCAAAUCGACGGAUUGCACACCAACUGUUCGACGAAUUGCUGUAGUUGUACUGGCCUCACUUGUGACUCUUUUGGAAGGGUUGUGAAGAUUGAGCUUGGUGGGAGAAAGCUAGUUGGUGAACUACCAAACUCAAUUGCGAGAUUGGAACGCCUCAGAGUUCUUAAUUUGUCUUCUAAUUUCCUCUCUGGGUUUAUUCCUUUGGCUCUGUUUCAGCUCCCAUACUUGGAAGUUCUUGAUCUUAGCUUCAAUCGGUUCUUUGGGAACUUCUCAACAGGUACCAUUGAUUUGCCUUCCCUACGGAUUCUUAAUGUUUCUCGUAAUUCCUUCAGUGGUGUUCUUCCAUUUGGGGUUUGUGUUAACUCCUCUAGAAUUGAGGUUCUGAAUCUGGGUUUCAAUGAUUUCGUUGGUAUGUUUCCUUUUCAACUUGGUGAAUGUGUUUCCUUGAAGAGACUACAUCUGGAAUCCAAUAUUAUCAGUGGCGGGAUACCUGAUGAGGUUUCUGAAUUGAGAAAAUUGACCCAUUUGUGUGUUCAGAACAACAAGCUUUCUGGUUCUUUGAAUAGUGUUGUUGGGAAUCUAACAAGCCUUGUUAGGUUGGAUUUGUCAUCUAAUGAGUUUUUUGGGGAAAUUCCUGAUGUUUUUUACAACUCUGUGAAUUUGAGUUACUUUUCUGCUGAGUCUAAUAGGUUUAAUGGGAGGAUUCCCAAGUCCUUGUCAAACUCUGCUUCAAUGACUGUCCUAAAUUUGAGGAACAAUUCAAUAGGGGGAACUCUUGAUCUUAAUUGUUCAGUGAUGACAAGCCUGGUUUCACUUGAUUUAGGCUCUAAUAGGUUUCAGGGAUCUAUACCUAGUAAUCUUCCCUCUUGUACGCAACUGAGAAGCAUAAACCUUGCUAGGAACAAGCUUGGUGGUCAGAUCCCCGGAAGCUUUAGAAAUUUUCAGAGCCUAUCUUAUUUAUCACUAACGAAUACAAGCAUUGUUAAUGUUUCUUCCGCUCUUAAUGUCUUGCAACAUUGUCAGAAUUUGAGUACUGUGGUUCUUACCUUUAACUUUCAUGGUGAAGUGUUGGAAGAUAAUCCUAACUUGCAUUUCAAGAGCCUCCAAGUUUUUAUAAUUGCUAAUUGUCGAUUGAAGGGAAUGAUACCCCAGUGGUUGAGAGGUUCUAACAAGUUGCAGUUUUUGGAUUUGUCAUGGAACCAUCUUGGAGGAAAUAUUCCAUCCUGGUUCGGCGAGUUUCAGUUCGUGUUUUACUUGGAUUUAUCUAAUAAUUCAUUCAUUGGAGGUAUCCCAAAAGAGAUAACUGAAAUGAGAAGUUACAUUGACAGAAACUUCUUGCUUGAUGGACCUGCCUCACCGGACUUUUCUCUUUUCGUAAAAAGAAAUGGAACUGGAUGGCAGUACAAUCAAGUACGGAAAUUUCCACCCACUUUGGACCUCAGUCUCAACAAUCUCAGUGGACCUAUCUGGCCAGAGUUUGGAAAUCUUAAGGAGAUUCUAGUUCUUGAUUUGAAAUACAACAGGUUAUCAGGAUCAAUUCCGAGCAACCUCUCUGGGAUGGUUAGCUUAGAGACUCUAGAUCUUUCUCACAACAAUCUUUCAGGAAUAAUUCCACCUUCACUGCAAAAGCUCAAUUUUUUGUCCAAGUUCAGUGUUGCAUACAACCAAUUACAUGGGGCGAUUCUUAAAGGAGGUCAGUUUCAUACCUUUGGUAACUCUAGCUUUGAAGGAAACAAUUUUUGUGUCCAAGACGACCUCUGUGCAUCAAUUGACCGAGAUCCUCUCAUAGUAUCCCGCAAAUCAAGAACGGUCAUGGGGUCUUUGAUAGGUGUAAUUCUCGGUAUUAUCUUUGGAGUUAUUUUUCUUGCAACACUUGUAGUUGUCUUUGUGCUUCGUGCACCUCAGGGAAGAGUUAGAGAUCCUGAAAACGAAGUGUCUAACAUUGGCAAGAAUGACUUGAAGGAAGUCAAGGCAGGAUUGGUAGUUUUGUUCCAAAACAAUAACAAUGGAAGUCUCUCACUGGAGGAUAUUUUGAAAUCAACUAACGACUUCGAUCAAGAAAAUAUCAUUGGAUGUGGGGGUUUCGGUUUGGUUUACAAAGCCACCCUUCUGGAUGGUAGAAAGGUUGCUGUAAAACGGUUGUCUGGUGAUUGUGGUCAAAUGGACAGAGAAUUUCGAGCUGAAAUCGAAACACUCUCACGUGCUCAGCAUCCAAAUCUUGUUCUUCUUCAGGGGUAUUGUAUGUAUAAGAAUGACAGGCUUUUGAUUUAUUCGUACAUGGAGAAUGGUAGCUUAGAUUACUGGUUACAUGAAAAACCUGUCGGCCCGUCUUGUCUCGACUGGGAUACCAGAUUGCAGAUAGCUCAAGGGGCUGCCAGGGGGCUGGCUUAUUUGCAUCAAUCCUGUGAACCCCAUAUCCUCCAUCGAGAUAUAAAGUCAAGUAACAUUCUUUUAGACAAAAAUUUUAAAGCUCAUUUGGCUGAUUUUGGUCUUGCUAGACUCAUUCUUCCCUAUGAUACCCACAUAACAACCGAUCUUGUUGGUACCUUGGGCUACAUUCCACCUGAGUACGGGCAAUCUUCGGUCGCGACCUACAACGGAGAUGUGUACAGUUUUGGAGUUGUUCUAUUAGAACUUUUGACUGGUAAAAGGCCAAUUGAUAUGUGUAGACCGAAAGGAUUUCGAGACUUGAUCUCUUGGGUGUUCCAGAUGAGGAAAGAUGGAAAGGUAAGUGAGGUGUUCGACCCAUUGGUAUACGACAAGAAGAACGAGACAGCGAUGGUUGAAGUUCUUGAUAUAGCAUGUCUUUGCUUAUGUAUGGUACCUAAAGAGAGGCCUUCAACUCAGCAGCUAGUUUCUUGGCUUGAUAAAGUAGGUUAAAUCUCCCAAUUAAACUUCUUAACUCAAACCUUGUACAUUUUAGUUUAUUACAUACACUGCACACAAUAAUUCUUUUGUGUACAUAUUCACAUUCAGCAGUCUCAAUUGAAGAUGAGAGAAGCUUCAGUUUGAGAUUAAAUAGUCAUCUUUGGAAAGUUGCAAACUAAAGGUAGAUUAGUUAUUAAA